AUGAACGACGAAGCUGUGGCUUUUAGUCAGGCUGUUCAAGUUGUAGACCCUGAUGUCCGCGCACACGUUUAUAGUCUAGUCACUGCGUUAGGCGGAUUUAACGGCGAAGAUGCGGACCGAUAUGUACUUGGAGACGAUGCACUGGCUUGCUUGCGUGACAUUAGACGCUGGCUGAAAUUGUACGACGAGAAGUAUCACCGCAUGGAUGUUGCUCGGUGCCUUGGAGAAGCGAAUUUGGUCAACGGAGACUUACUACCGAUCUUUUCGCUAUGGUGGAGUACUGGUCAAAAGAGUAAAUAUAUGUCUAGGAUCGCAUUAGCGUGCUUGGAAUUGCUAGUUCCGUUGACCUGGCCAUUGGAAGUCCACGGCGAGAUGACUGUCAACCAUCACCGACACUUUCCAUACUUGCAGCACGCUCAAGUCUCUUAUAAGCGAGGUCUUCUGAGCCGUGGCGAUCUCAACUUCCUUCGAACUAUUAUCCGAAUUGGCCUUCCUAGCAUGGCCGUUCCACGGUCUGAACGAACAACACGGGACGACGGUAUACUCAAACUUAUGCUCUAUUUGUUACGAAAUAUCGUAGUGAUCGCCCCAAAUGCUCGUCUUGCGGCGGAUGGUGAUGAGGAGGAGACGUCUAGAUCUGCGACUAUCAAUGCCUUUCAGGCUCAAGACGUAUUUGCCCUUCUUCUUACUAUGUGUUCCAACGUUGGCGAUGACUUCAAUAUGCAAGAUGUGAUUCUUCUCGAGAUACUCUUCCACCUGGUGAAGGGUGUCAAUGUCCAAAAACUAUUCAUGGAUGAUGCCCAGCGAAGCGCAAAACACACAGAUGAGCUAGAUACCCUACUAAAGCAAGAGUCAUCUCUGCGGCGGGAGUACGCCAAAAAUGCACCCACUCGACACGGACGGUUCGGAACUAUGAUUUGGGUCAAACGUGAUGAUGCUAAGGUUUCUACUGUAUCAGGGCAAGACGUUCUCAAAGAUAGCCAGGCAACGCUCCAGAAAAUGGAUGAAAGCAAGAAGUGGAACAGGCCCCAGCCACGCAAAACACAUGAAGACUCAGUUCUCAACAAUGACUUUAGUACGCCAGCCCAUCUUAAUUCCACCGCAUCAAGAAACCUGCGGAUGUUUGUUGAAGAAUUCCUCGACUCUGGAUUCAAUCCUUUAUUCACCCAUGUUCGGAAAGCCUUGGAACGAGAAGCCGACCGUGUCGUACCUAUCAAUUCUCGUCAAUUCUUCUACACCGUCGCCUGGUUUCUGGAUGCCGAACGCGCACGCCGUGCGCGCCAGCAGGAGAUGCAUUUACAGAAUGGAAAACCCAUGAAAGAAUUGGAACGGGAUGGGUUUGGCCUUGUGGCUAGUGUACUUGACCAAGAAACUCUCGUAUUUCUGAACCGAUCUAUGCAAAUUAGUUUCGACCAAAAAGACUGGGAAGAUCUAAAUGCGGAAAUGCGCUGCUUCACUCAAAUCUUGCUAACUGUGCAAGAGAUGACACAGUCUCUGCUUGAGGAGGACCAGGAAAUUGCCGAGAACAUUCAGAACCGUAUAUUCUACGAAGAAACAACUCAUGACCGCGUGCUUGCUAUCAUGCGUGAGUACAAAGGUCAAGGAUUCGGUUACCUGGAUGCAUGCACAGAGCUUUCGCAUGUUUUCCUACGUAUGCUGGAGCGAUACUCUAAAGAGAAUGUCGACAUGCAAGUGCGAUCUCGACGGCGAUCUCGGCGCAAAAACAUGGAAACUCAAGUAGCUGCACCCGAAGAUAACAACGAAGAGCAUGCAUCCGAUGAUGAGGACAUCAUGGAGGCCGAACGAAUUUGUAGGGAGCGUAAGUUCGACUUCAAGCGCUUUGCUGCCAAGUUUUGCAACCAAAAGUGUGUUGACACUUUCGUUGCUUUCACGAAGUUCUUUAGGGAACUUAACUCGGACCAAUUAAAACGUGCCCAUCGCUAUUUUUACAGGAUCGCCUUCAAACAAGAAAUGAGCGUCCUGUUGUUCCGCGUUGAUAUACUUAACCUUUUUUACACGAUGAUUAAAGGACCUGGCGCCAUGGACUCAAGCAAACCAAUCUUCAAGGAGUGGGAAGAGCUGGUCCGACAGGUCAUCAGACGAAUGAUAAAGAAGAUCGACCAGCGUCCUGCCCUUAUUACUGAGUUACUCUUCAGCAAAAUGAACUCGACAUUAUUCUACCUGGAAUAUGGCCAUGAGAGACAAACCCUACCCUCGGUGAGAAGGGCGCCAGCUGAGCUUGAAGUCAAUCCCAGUGAAGCAACAACGCAAGAGGACAAGAUAAAAAUUGUUAUUGGUGCCCUGGUCAUGGAUGGGCAGGCCGAUUUGGUUGCAUGGGUUAGCAAUGUUUUAGGCACUGCAGCGGAAGAAAGAGAGUCAUGGGAGGCCUAUGAGGAUGCUCAGAGAGACGAGGCUCAGGGAGCACCCAGAGCCCCUAAUCCGAUGAUUGCCGUCCUACCUCACGACGAUGCAUGUAAACAGGCGAUGUACUUCAACGCUAAGCUGCGUCUUCUUAUGACUUUAGUAGGAUUUGAGCGACUGGGAAUGGAAGAUGUUGUCGGAGCUUCCUGGGUUGUGCCGUCCUCGCAGGGGUCAAAAGAUCUAAAAGGCAUUAAAUUGACGAUCGAUAAAUGUCUUGAAGAUCCAUACACGGGAGACAUUGAGCAUGAUCCUCGUCAGAUGCUUCGGCGCAAAUACAAACCCGAUGAUAAGGAGCACAAUCGCCAAACUACACUUGAUGUUGACUUUGGAUCUGAGUCAGAGGGUGAAGAUGUCCCGGAUGGGCCACUUUUCCCGCCAAACCCCCGGUCGAAAGCGAACGCGCCCAAUGAUUCGAAAACGCGGCGCAAGAAUCGCGAAGCAGUUGGCGAGCGCGAGCCGAUAGACGAAGAUACUCUGGAAGCGCGUCGUAAGGCGCGCCAGGAGAACACAAGAGCCCGUCUAGCCAAGAUAAAGAGUGAAUUGUUCGUCCAUGCCAGUGAUGACGAAUCCGACGAGGAGGCCGACAAGGAAUUCUUUGAUCUCGAGGAGAAACGGCGAAAAGAACAAGCUGCGCGAGUCAGAAAGGCAUUGCUUACUGGCGUUGUAGACGAGAUUGGCCGUAAAGCGAACAAAAAGAGCGAACGCAAGCGACUAAGCAACUCUGGGAAGUCUGACACGCAAAGUAAACGGCAACGGCGCGGCCGAACAACAGAAGCACUCGACGAAGAUGAUGACAUUAUCAUGGAUGGUGCUGUUGCUCGCUCGUCUGACCAUGCAACUGAAGACGACGAAAAUACUUCUGCCACGUCAGAUGAAGACGAUGAGUUUGAUUUCGACGACAAUUUAGCCUUCCGUCGAGACCGGGAUCUAGACAGGGACCCGGUACUGCCUAGCCACGCGGAAGACAUGCAACCAACCGAUACGCGUGAGCUAAGAGACAAUGACGAAAACGCCCCGGUGGCUACAUUGGCUCGAAGGCGAUUGCGUGCCGGGUUUGUGAUUGACAGCGACUCUGAAUAG